AUGAAGGAGCGACUGAAGGAAAAAUAUUUGCCCAUUGAUUAUGAGCAAAUGAUGUUCGAGGAGAUGUUGCAACUUAGGCAAGGGUCAUUGAGUGUUGAUCAAUUUACGGAUCGCUUCCACAAAUUGACUGUCCGUAACAAGAUCGUGGAGACUGAGCAACAAACUUUAGCCCGAUACCACACCGGAUUAUGCAGUGAACUACCCAGAGAAAUGUGGACUGCUCGUUUAAUCAACGUGGAGGAGGCUUAUCAAUUGGCGCUCCAUAUUGAGAAACAAAUGGGACCUUCGAUUGGAAGGAAAAUGAUGUUGACAAAUUCAAGACCCGAACAUGUCACCACACCAUCAUUCCAAAGGCCACCAUUGCUGAAAGAUCAAUCUAGAGGUGCGGUGAAUAGGGACGAGAAAGGAAAAGCAAAAGCCACCAGCAAAGGGACACAAUGUUAUAAAUGUAAAGGCUUUGAGCACUAUGUCAUUGUGUGUCCUACAAGAGAUAAGAAACUAGCCUUUAUUUUUGAAAAAGAAUUAUUAGUAGUGCAUAUUGUUGAGGACACGGAUGGGGAGGAUGUAACACCUACUGAAAACUAG